CGCAAAACCAAGGCAGAUGACAGUCAGUGGCACCAUUUGCGUGCAACAAAGCCAUGCCGCCACCGAAGGAGGACGACAUGCUCGCGACAUGCACGAUUUGAUCGCGGCAUUUGAAGCGUCGACGAUGCCAGUUGAAUCGUUUCCACAAGCCAACGACAUUACAAGGGCGUAUGCUACAUGUGGGCGCAUGGCGGAAGCACUGUACCUCCAGGCGCAAUUGGUGGAGCGGACCUCGAUCAGAACACCCGAAUACGUCCACCGGUUGCUCGUCACGGUGGCAAUGCUUGGGCAGACUCUGCAAUGGACACAAGCUGGUGCUGUUCUCUUGGUGCGUUGAAUCCGUGUGUGUAGAGCGCUGUCGUCAUGACAAUGCUUGUAAACUACAGUCGAUUCUGAACCAAUUGCCGCUACCUCUCAAUCGCCACGACGGUCUCUUUCUCAUGGCGUACAUUGAAUCACGGCAAGGACGUCGUAAACGAGCAGAAUUACUGUGGCGUCAAUGCUUUGGACCAGCGUGGUGCGACCUAGUCAAUCAACCACAUGCAUGGUACGACAGUGGUUGCAAGUGGUUUACCACAGGCCAUUGGGAAUUCGCGGUGUGGAUGUUUGCAGAAGGCAUGCCGUCGCCCUGUUCAGCGUUGCAUGCAGUACCCAUGCCAGUCCCAGCCCCCAAUGCCCCCACAACUAGCUUAUACAUUCGGUCGAUCUUGUACAGCACACGGCCCAACUUUGCCCAAGUGGACGACCUGUUGACCAUGGCUAUGAAGAGUGUCCACACCAAGUACGACCCCGAUAUCCGAUCACUUUGCAUCGAGAUGCAACGGCACGACAUCGCGGUGGACUUUGCCGCUCAAGACGCCGCCUCGUGCACCAUCGGUCGAGCGUUUCGAACGUGGAUGACGUGGCGCCACCACCGAGCCGUAUUCUGGAUGGAAUCGGCGGUUCGUGCGUUUCAAACGUACAAACGACCACAUCGUCAUCAUGCAAAGAAGUCGCGAACCAAAAAGGCCUUAACGUCAGGGAAAGGAGCCCUAGACCAGUCUACAUUGCCUCUGCCAUCAUCAGUGCCUGAAAUCUCAAUCGAAAUGGCACCCACCGCCCCUCCACAUGAAGAUUUAGUGGCAUUAUACGGCGCGUCGUCUGACGAAGGCGACUACGGAUCCCGACUGCGGUUUAUCUUGCAUCGAGCGAAAGUCAUUGCAGACAAGUCCACCACUGCCUUAACGUUUGACCACGUAUCUCCUCCGUGGCUCAAGCAAUUGCACACCGUUCGGGAUAUGGUGCGAAGCGACGUCUACAUGACUCAGUGGAAAGCGGGGGUGUUGCGGAAUUUAGCGGUGGUGGUCGCGUUGAUGGAAGCUGCGAAUGGACCGACAGAGUGUUCUCGUUAUGGCCACACGCUACUGAAAGACAUUGAACUUUGCCGCAUGGGUAACAUUCAGCCCCGCAUGGACCAGCUCAUGCACCUCGCCACGUCGGAAGAGUCGAAGAGAAAUUUGCCGUAUUUCCACCUCCUGCAACGAAAGGUUGGCCACGCCAAAUGAUAUGCAUGCGCGUGGCAGGACGAGCGCUCAAUGCAUGGUAACCUGUUUCUAACGUUAAUAAUCUACCCGUACAAGUAGUAUCUGGUACUACCGGUAGAGUACUAAUAUGUAUCGUAGUACAGUACCUA